CUUUCUUCCACUCUUGCGACAGAGAAUACUUUCACUCUGCGAUAAAGAUCAGCAGAGAGCAGUCUGUUUCUUAAAAUAACCCGGUGUUGCAGAUAUGCUUACGGCAUCAUAUGCAAUGCGGUACGAGUGCCGAGCCUCUCAUGGUCCUCGGGUAUCGGCAGUCAGUAAGUCUUCAGAAUUGGUCUCUCAUGAUAUCGGUUAUUCCGAACAGCGACAUGCACCAGACCUCCGAACCCAGACGCUCUCUCGCCGACGGGCUUCACUCGCCUUUUUUUCAACACAACUUGUGUUGCACUCCAGUUCUGCUCUUGCAGUUGGUUUCACGAAGGAACUGAAGAAGCAGACCCCCUCACUAGAUGACUACUCUGUUUCCGAACAUUUUCUCUUUCGUUCAAAUCUUCACGAAGGCGUCAAGUUUUUCGAUGUGCGAGCCGGGAGCGGGAACGUAUUAGAUGUUGAUAUGGUCGCAGUGCUUCACUAUACUUGCAGGUACCGCGGCCUGACUGCGGUCUCUUCCCGUGAAGCACGCACUCUCGGUGGUAACCGCACAAUUGCUGAACCGUUAAUGUUUAGAUAUGGGACGUUGCCUUCAGAAUAUGGUGCAGCCCUUGUCCGCAAAUCAGUGAUUGGAAUAGGAGCAGAGGUUCGAAUGGAUCCCGAGCUUCGUCAACUCUGUGUUGUAAGCACGGUGUACAAUGGCCCUGCAGCAAGGGCUGGUAUUCGUGUAGGAGACAUCAUCACUUCAAUCGAUGGCAAUAGUAAUUUAGAAAAUAUUUCUAUAACUGAAAUUGGAGCACUACUGAAAGGAACAGCUCAGACUGAUGUUGUUCUUGAGGUGAAAAAGGGUGGAUUAAGCUCCAUCAGCAACGAUGUGGACAUUAUUGUUCUGACUCGUGAGGCUACUGCAAUUCCACCUGCAAAGAGGGCCACUGAACUCAAUGGAGGUGGUGGGCUAUUCUCAGGAGCAGGUACCCCAAAAGUGCCUCCAAUUGUGUACGUUCCGGAAGCACUUGCAGGCUUGCGCGUUGGUGGUCAACGUAACAUUAUUGUUCCAGCAGACGUUGGAUAUGGAGACGAAGGGGAAGGGGAGAUCCCGCCAGGUGCUUCUUUUUUACUGGAGGUUGAACUCUUGGAUGCCCGUCGUGCGGCUUGAGGACAUAUAGUGUGGAUUUUUCAUGGACUAUUCCUUUUAUGUAUGU